AGAGAGGGAGAAAGAGAGACAUCUGCAAAAGUGCAUCACCUCUCCUGAAGCUUCCUUCCUGCAGGUGGGAACCAGGGCCUUGAACCAAGGUUCUUGCUCAUGUAUGUGUGCUUUACCAAGUACGCCGCCCCCCAGGGCCUUGAACCAAGGUUCUUGCUCAUGUGUGCUUUACCAAGUACGCCGCCCCCCAGUCCCUGCCUUUUUUUUUUUUUUAAGACACUGUGUGUUGUGGAACCAUUCCAUUAUGAUGUCAGACCUACCUGGAAUGUUCAUCACAGAUGAGUUCUUUUUUUCUUUUCUUUUCUUUUUUUUUUUUUUUCUAAUUUUUAAUUUCAGUAGUGAGACAUGGCCCUGGGGCCUCUGAGCUAGGGUGUCCUGUCUCAACCUCUAUCCUUUGUGCCUGCUAAUAUUGCCCUCUGAGCCUACCAGAACUGGAAGAGUAACAUUUUAGAACUAACUGCAGAUUGGAUUGAAAUACAUGCUAAUACAAUGAAGCAAUCUAGGAAAAAGCCACUACCUCUCUUGGUAAUGCAUCGAAAACAUAAUAACAGAGUCAUGGAUUCUUCUGUUAGAUCCUCUAACAACCAUGACAAUGAAGGCAGAGUUGGUGAUGCUUUACCAGAAAUGGCAGUGGUGCCCCCUUUUGGAAACAUCAAUAAUAGCUCUGACCAGAAUGAAGAGACAUCAGUAACCAGUAAGGAAUUUUCCAUUGACAGCUUUGACACAAACGAAUUGAAAGAGAACUACUCUGAAAUCAACUCUGAAAGCUUUGAAUCAAGACAUGUAACUUACCAUGGCAUUCCAAAGGAAAGUAUAACACAACGGCUAUCCAAGUUUGAGAAAGAAGAGUAUUCCCCAAAACUACAUAGAAACAAAAUUAAGAAGUAUGUAAACUUACUUAUAUCAUCCUUAGUAUUCAGAAUAUUUGGAAUAUUGCUGAUCUUUUUGGAUGUGACCCUCGUGAUUGUAGAUAUGUUUAUCACUGAUCCUUCGCGGUACAUUCCUGUGGAAUAUCGUUCAGUUUGUUUUUCCAUUGCUUUAUUUUUUUUACUGGAUCUUAUUCUUCGAGUAUAUGUAGAUGGGAUAAUGCACUAUUUUUCUGAUGCCCUCAACUCCUUAGAUGCUAUCAUUGUCAUAGUGGCCCUAGGUGUUGACACUGUUUAUCUUUUUUAUGACUUUAAGUUUCUUAAAGAUCUCCCCAGACUGGCAGUGUUAUUUCGGCCUCUACGACUUAUUAUGCUGAUAAGAAUUUUCCAUCUGGCUUAUCAAAAAAGGCAACUUGAAAUGGUGACCAGAAGGAUAGUUUCAGGAAAUAAACGAAGAUACAGAAAGGAUGGAUUUGACUUAGACCUUACUUAUGUUACUGAACGAAUCAUUGCCAUGUCCUUUCCAUCUUCAGGAAAAGAGUCCUUCUAUAGGAAUCCUAUGACGGAAGUUGUCCGAUUUCUGGAUAUCAAGCAUCAGGACCAUUACUUGGUGUACAAUCUAUGCAGUGAGAGAGCUUAUGAUCCUAAGUACUUCCAUUUUAGAGUCCAUCGCAUCAAAAUUGAAGAUCACAAUGUCCCUACACUAAGUGAGAUGAUAGACUUCUGUAAAGAAGUAGACAGAUGGCUGACUCAAGAUGAGGAAAACAUCGUAGUGGUUCAUUGUAAAGGAGGCAAAGGAAGAACUGGAACGAUGAUUUGUGCCUACCUUAUUGCCAGUGAAAUAUUUUUUACUGCAGAGGAUAGUCUUUAUUAUUUUGGAGAGCGCCGCACAGAUAAAACCACCAGCUCUAAAUAUCAAGGAGUGGAAACGCCAUCCCAGCAUAGGUAUGUCGGGUAUUUUGCUGAUCUGAAAAACAUGUACAGUUUGAAUCUACCUCCAAGGAAACUACUCUUUCUCAGAAAAAUCGUCAUAUAUUCAAUUCACGGUGUUGGAAAUGGAAACGGUACUGAUCUGAAUUUACAAAUAGCAAUGCAGCAAAAGACCUUCUAUCUAUACUCAAGUUUAAAAAACUUCCGGUUAUUUCAUGAUGUGGAAGCAGACCAAAUAGUAAUUAAACCAGUCAACUGCCCACUACUCUAUGACGACGUAAAGGUACAAUUCUAUUCGACUUCGGAUCUGCCUAAAUUCUACAACAAUUGUCCAUUUUUCUUCUGGUUUCAUACGUCGUUUGUACGUAACAGCAGGCUUUACCUCCCAAGGAAUCAGCUGGAUAACCCACACAGGCCAAAGACAUGGAAAAUCUACCGUGAAAAAUUUGCUGUCGAGUUGCAUUUUGAUGAAGUUAAUGAUGACUUACUGUAG